GUAGUCUGAAUUUAACAAGUAACCAAACCAAAAAUUAAAUGUGCUUUUACAUCAACAAACGCUGGACGCGCAAUAAGUGAGGUGUUAAUUAUGCGCCGCAGCAGCAACAGCAGCCAGCAGUGAAAAAAUGUUGCACUCCAUCUGAGUUCGGCCGCACAAUUGUUUUGGAUUUUGGAUAAAUCGCAAAAUUGGAACGAAUAAGAAACAGCCAGAAGAACAUCGAACGGAAAAAAAAGAAAGCGCGAUGUGCGACGGUGAAAUUGGCGAUCCGGUGACUCAGCCACGUUCCGAGGGCGGUGGAUUGGUCACAAUGGAUCAGGAGACCCGGACGCACUACCUCGACGCGGCGACAGAUAAGCACCUGACCAAUGGAUCGCCAGAUCCAGAGCCCGUGGAUCCGCUACUCGUGGCCCAGUGGUCCAUCGAGAAUGUGACCAGUUGGGCCACCUGCAUGGAGCACUUUUCGAGAACACUGCUCGACUGCCUGCGCCAGGAGGCCAUCGACGGCGAGGUGCUGCUCUCCCUCACCGAGGAGGAUGUACGUGAUAUGCGCUACAAACUGGGCUACAAACUCACCUUCGGCGAGCUCAAGAAAUUCUGGAUAGCCGUGCUCAAGCUGCAGCUACUGGUGAAGAACAGCUCUGCGGAAUCCGUAAUACUGGGCAUCGAGUGCCAUGGGAACGGGAACUCGGUAUACAUGCCACUAGCCAGCACCGGCUGCGGUCCACCGUCCUCAUCCACGUGCCCCUGUCCGCAGGCCGAAUGCCCCAGCUAUGUGUCCGAUUGCGAUACCUAUUUGCGCAUGGGCGGACGCUAUGUUCCGCCGGAAUACUUCAAGACCGCCAUGAGCUUAGGCUACUCGUUCGUUGUCACCUGGAUAACAUCGUUAACAAUGGUUAUUGUGCACGAGCGGGUUCCGGAUAUGAAGCGCUAUCCGCCGCUGCCGGACAUCUUCCUGGACAACGUGCCGCAUAUUCCGUGGGCCUUUAAUAUGUGCGAAAUAACCGGCUCACUAUUGUUCACCAUUUGGGUGGUCGUGCUAACCUUCCACAAGUAUAGAUUGGUCCUACUGAGGCGAUUCUUUGCUCUGGCGGGCACGGUUUUCCUGCUGCGCUGCGUCACCAUGUUGAUCACGUCGCUGAGCGUACCGGGAACGCAUCUGCAGUGCAGCCAGAAGGACUUUGCCAUCGAUGAUCCCAAUGUGGACAUGGUGGGCGCCUUGAUUAUCCGCAUGUCACGAGCCUAUCGCAUCUGGAGCGGCCUGGGCAUGUCCAUUCAGGGAGUGCGGACCUGCGGCGAUUAUAUGUUUAGUGGUCACACGGUGGCCUUGACCCUGCUCAACUUCUUUAUCACAGAAUACACGCCGCGGAAUCUGUACUUCCUGCACACGCUGACCUGGCUGCUCAACAUGUUUGGCAUAUUCUUCAUCCUGGCUGCCCACGAGCACUACUCCAUCGAUGUGUUUGUGGCCUUCUAUAUCACCUCACGUCUGUUUCUGUACUAUCAUACUCUAGCAAAUAACAGGGCUCUCAUGCAAAGCGACUCCAAGAGGACGCGUGUUUGGUUUCCCAUGUUUAGCUACUUCGAGAGCAGUGUCGAUGGAAUGGUGCCCAAUGAAUACGAUACACUUGGCUCCCUCAUCGAUGGGAUUAUUGAGCAGAUCUUCAAGGCCAAGGAUCAAUUGGCCAUAUCCGUGAAGCGCUGCUGGCUGGAUGCCCCGCUGUCCGGCAAUUCAUCGGCUCACAUGUUUGGCGGAGAAUCUGAACAAUGUUUGCGCAAUGGCACAGCAUCGGCCGCUUUCUUUAGUCCUCACCAGUCGCUGAUCGGAGGAUUGGGUGGUCAGAGGAGCCAGACGCAUUUGAAUAGCGCCCAAUCCGGGUCCUCCACACCCACACCAGCUACAUCGGCGCCGACCAAGAGUUUGCCGACCCAAAAGAAGACCUUCAGGGAUGCGAGUGUGGAUCCCUUUUCGCGCACGACGUUCGCUGCGGUCCAGCAGGCAGAAAACGUCAAGGAUUCGCCGAUGAAGGAAAAGAAGCAUCUCUGAUUCUCACAGCCAUUCGCUCUUCCACAUUCGUAUAUCGAUAUCGAUGUCGCUCUUCGAAAAGCAAACAUGCAGAAACUAACCAUACCGACUGAUAUUUUUAUUUCGAAAUUUCCAUCGAUCCCCUUCCUUUCACAGCUCUCCCCUGUAUUAUUGACAGCAUUCUACCAUUUGUAGUGCCUUCCGGGUCAGAUCCCCCCAGAUCAUCCACCCACCAUUUAGAAAGUCGUUGUGUCCCCCAAGAGCCUUUCCUUAGUUUACUUGUGGAAUUUUAUGAAUAUCGAAGUUUUUUUUAGCCGGGAGAUGCUCCACGUCGGCUUUGAAUUGAUUAUGAUGAUAAGAUAGCCCUCCUCAUUCCGUUCAAUUGAGUUUUGAACUAAAUGUAUUUAUUAUUGAAGACUUUUUAAUGCAUUAUUAUGUAAUUGUAAGCAUGUGAAUCAAGCGUAUUUUUAGUUAACUAGUGUUAAGUUUGGAAAGUUUCUGUUGAACGCACAAACACAUUAAAUAAAUCAAAAUGAAUAUUCUCAGAGUCUGGAGAAGCCACUGU